UUUGUGCGUAUAAAGAAUUGGAACAUUGUGCAUAAAAUGGAUACUACCAGCUUUUGGACAGAACACAAGGAGAAGACUUUAUCUAAACUUGUAAAAAGGUAUGGUCAUAAAUGGAGCAGAAUAAAGCGCAGGCUACGUUGUCAUUUCUCAGAAUCUCAAAUCAAGCUUAGGUAUUGAGAAAUCUUAGAGAGGGAAAAAUGGAAAGUCACUCAAGAUUUAUCCUUGAUAGAGAAUAUCUUUGCAAGUUAUAUCAAAAACCCUAUACCAAUAUAGAAGGAAAGAGUAUUCUUGACUGUAAAAAAAGAGUAAAGAUUCUAAAAAAAGGAGUUUUAGAGCAGGUUUAUUCAACCCAUAGCCAAGAAGGAAAGAAAUUGUUUAAAGCAGAAGACAGUUGUUCAGAAAGUGAUGACUCAGAUGAUUCAGACAUUUGAGUAAUCUCAAAAAUUCCUCCAAAAAAAUCUACAAAUAAAGUUAGGAGUUUGAAAGAAAACUUAGUGAAGCCGAACACUCCUAAUUAUCGAUCCCAAAUCUCUAUCAAAGUCAAAAAAGAAAAUCCUCACAAAUCAUCCUGUCUAACUCCAUUUAGAAAGAAAAGACAUAGAAAAGAUACGAGUAAAACAAGAAUAGCUCAAGAUGGUAGGGCUUCUCCAAUGCCUGCUUCAAAAGACAUGAACCAAGUGAAGAGAAAAUGUGUUUCUCAAUCUUUAAAAGAAGAGCCUGAUAGCCUUACCAAGCCUAUUCCUGAUAUAAAAGCUGUGUAUAGACAUAUGUUUCCAAAGCCAAUUGAAGAGCUUACUUUGGAGCAGAAAAUAUUUGUAUGAAAAGAAAUCUCUGCCCUUCCGUUGAGCGAAAAUAUUGAUUGGACCAAAAUUCGUAAAUGCCUCAAAUGUUCUCUCCCUUCUGAUUUUCUUUGCAAAUAUUGGAGAUAUAUGUGUAUGGAAGUUGUGUUAAAAUAUAUUGAACAUUGGAAAAAUUGCCCCCAAUACGUGCCGAACCUCUUUGAAAAAUUUCCAAAUAUAAAGGCUUAUAUCCCCAAGGACUUAUCCUGAUUUGUUGUUAAAACUUGAAGGACAUUUAAUGAAAUGCUUCUAUUCGAUCUUUGCUACCAGUUUAAUUUAGCUAAGCAUAAUUCUAAAUAAUUACAAAGAUAAAGGAGAUUUUUAAAAUUUGUAUCAACUACUUUAAUUUGGUCUUUUAAAUCUUU